AGUACUGAAAUGAAGCUGUUUCUUGUUGCAGAAGUCGAGGAGCGCUUCGGUGGGAAGGCGCGCGGCGGCAAACUAGCGCGUCGUGCGCGCUCCUUCAAGGAGGACUUUCUGGAGAAGCUCUCCCACAUGCGUUCUCCUGGUAGCGGCAGCGGCGGCGGUGGCGGCGGAGGCAGCGGGGCGGCCACGAGGGCCGCCUCGCCCUCGUCACCGCGCACGCCGCGGGACAAGAACGCCCCGGGCUCCAACGACUCUGGCACCACUCUGGACAAGAAUCCCCUGCGCGAUCUGCAUAUCCACGUACGGCAGGUGCAGCUGGCACUGCUCCACUUCCGGGAUGUCGUGUCCAAGAAGAAGCUCGAGAUGCUGCCCGGAAACGGCACGAUCGUUCUUGAUACCGUUACCACGAUACACAACGCGUUGAAAUCCUACCUGCUCUACGAGAACAGCUCCACGUUGGGAUCUGCCACGAAUCAAGUGUACCAAGCGUUAGCGCAAUUGCUGAAACUCUGCGACGAUGUAUUGCUGCAUGGUGAUCAAUCUUCCGCCUUGGACACCGAAAACGUGACGCACGUUAUUGGACUGGUCGAGGAAGCGGUGAAAAAUCUAGUAGCUCUGGCGCAUGAGAAAAUCGCUAACAAGCAGAAACCUCCGUCUGCUACAAAUAAUAAUAGAACUUCUGGGUACGGAUCCGAAAUAACGCAAAGAAAUUCUCUGCCGGAUAUACCUUUGACACCGAGAGAACGGCAGAUCCUGGAGCAAACGGCAGCGAGUAGUAGCUUGGUUCGCAGCUCGCAUAGCUCCGAGUCGAUUUUACGGGAUUCUAGUCCACCCCCGAAACCCCCGCUGCCUGACAGAACAAAUAUAUGUUUGUCGGAGGAAAACAGCUCUUCUGGCACACCUCCUCCGUUACCGCCGAAGAGAAGGACGAGGACCCAACAGCUCCACGACGAGUCGGACGGUCUUCUGGCAUCUAGUCUUGAUAGGGUAUCCCUCCGAAGUCGAUCCCCGGAGGAUUCGUCGUCUCUUCUGAGCGCAUCGGCCGGUAGUUUGGAUUCGGCUCUGAAUCAUUCCCGAGACGAGGACGAGAUUCGAGCUAUAAUGGGACCAAAUGACGAAUCUUUGAAUGACAGUAUGGACCUAAGUCUCAUGGCUACUAUCCAAGGCAUGCAAGUUAAUGGUACUUCGAACUGUAAUUGCUGGGAUGGUUCUGAAACUAAUAUACCAAGUACUAUGUUGCUAGGCCAACAAACACCUCAAGAAAUGCUUAAUCCAUUUACUGGUAUAGAAGGAAAGAUGGAACGAUUGUCUACUCAGACGCAGGAAUCAGGCUUUGUUUCCAUGCAUUCUCAACGAAGUUCAUCCCAAAGUUAUACCACUGCGUCCAGUAUGACAUCCAAGAGAUCGUCGCAGCAGAGCAGCAUUAGUUAUAAUUCUCAAUCGUUUAGUGCACAGCAACAGUCGUUUUCGCAGACCAAAUUACCCUCGGACAGUAACGGCUCUAUUUUUACACAGAAGACGACGUCUAGUUCGAAAAGUACUAUUAGCACGACUAACGUGUCUGGAAAUGGGGACCCAGCUUUAUUAGAGAAACUGGUAAAUGAAACGGAAUCGAUAGUUCCAUCCGAUUCUAACGGAGCACCGCCAGCAUUACCGGAGAAGCGAUCCAAGCGAAGAAAAGAACGACAACCGUCGCAGUAUGACAAUGUACCAGAAAAUGAGCAUUUAUCCACCUGUACUUUGCACACUACUAGUAACGGAGAUGGUUCAGAUGCCAACAAACCACCUCCUCUGCCUUUAAAGAAGCGGCAUAUUAUGGCGUACAUGGAGAUGUUCGGAAACUGCUCGCACAGUAAUAACGAUUUCAUCUCUGGUCUUGGUACCCGUCAUUCUGUAGCAGCCUACAAUUCGAUGCAAGCGGAAUGGCAGCAGCACGAGAUGUCCCUUACCACAACCCAAUCGUGUUCCUUUAUGGCGCAUACCGUGACUGCUCUACACGACAGCUCAAGCCUCUCUGUGACCACGACACCGAGCUCAGUAGAUACAACAAAUAAAUCUAGUCUGCCCCCGGCAUUACCACCAAAGAGAUCUCGUUCCAUUAAAUCAAACAGUACACCUCCACCAAUAUCACCAAAACCCACUAUUAGCAUGCAGAGUAUUCAUAACUCGGAUCCUAUCGUAACGUCAACACCUGUGAAAACAGAGGAGCCAGCAUACGCGCAUGAAAAGAAAGAUGUUACACCUUCCACUCCAGUAAAAUUGAAUAAUAAUGUUAUUAUGGACACAGUGUUACCAUCGUCUAGACCUGCUAGUAACGCACUUUCUUCCAUAUCAGUUGAUGAAAAUACUCUUGAAUUAAGGGAUAUCGAUCAAGAUGAUAGCAUUUUAGAUGAAUUAGAUAUUAAUAAAUACAUAGUACUUAAAAAACCAGACGAAGAGGGUCCAGAUAUACGUGGUGGACAUCCAGAUGCAUUAUUAAUUCAUGCGACAAAAGCAAAUAAACAUGAUGAAAAAGAAUCAGAUUUCCUGUACCAAGAAGCCUUUUUAACAACGUACAGAACCUUCAUGCAACCAUUAGAAUUAAUUCGUAAAUUACAUAGACGUCACCAACGAUUUUCAUGUUCUCCAGAUGUUGUCAAACAAAGAGCCGCGCGUGAAGCAUUUUCUUUACUUGUUAGAGUCGUUAGUGAUUUAACAAUAUCUGAUCUUGACGAUGUUCUUCUGCAAACCUUAAUGGAAUUUGUACAGCAAUUGGUGUGCAGCGGAGAUCUCACUAUGGCCAAAGCGUUGCGAGUUAAAAUUUUAGAGAAGCACACUAUGAAACAAUUACAAGCAGCACAACCAAUUCUCUCAUCUCUAAGUGUAACAACGAAACAAGCUUCCCUAUUAGAUUUUAAAAGCGAACAGAUUGCAGAACAAAUGACAUUACUCGAUGCCGAUUUGUUUAUGAAGAUAGAAAUUCCGGAAGUGUUGAUUUGGGCGCAAGAACAGAACGAAGAGAGAAGUCCAAAUCUCACGAGAUUUACUGAACAUUUUAAUAAAAUGUCAUACUGGGCGCGAUCUAGGAUAUUAGAACAUCGAUUAGAAAAUGAGGCGAAAGAUAGGGAGAAAUAUGUCGUAAAGUUCAUCAAGAUAAUGAAGCAUCUUAGGAAGAUAAAUAAUUUCAACAGCUAUCUCGCGUUACUAUCUGCAUUGGAUAGUGCACCUAUUAGGAGACUUGAAUGGCAAAAGCACAUUACGGAAGGUCUCAAGGAAUAUUGUGCACUCAUCGAUAGCUCUAGCAGCUUCCGAGCUUAUAGGCAAGCUCUAGCAGAAACACAACCACCGUGUAUUCCUUACAUCGGACUUGUUCUGCAAGAUCUUACAUUUGUGCAUAUUGGAAAUAGCGAUUUAUUACCAGAUGGCACUAUAAAUUUCUCCAAGAGAUGGCAACAAUUUAAUAUUGUUGAAAAUAUGAAAAGAUUUAAGAAAGGCACGUACUCUUUCAAGAAACACGAACGCAUUAUGACGUUUUUCAACAACUUCAGUGAUUUCCUCUGUGAGGAGGCGAUGUGGCAGAUUUCUGAAAGCAUCAAGCCACGUGGUGGCAAGAAGGCACAGCCGCAAAACUAGAAUAUACCUAACCCUUUCACUGCCUGCGUCUCGAAAGGCUGAAACAGUGAAGUUAGGGAGUUUAUAUUUAUGUAGGUAUAUACUUUUUUUGCGGAACAAAAAGAUGAGAAAUUCCUCUACAACGCUCUAAGAGCGGUGAAAGGGUUAGCGAGUCUAUCCCAUUCGACAGCCUCUGUGAGGUUGUGUCUUAUUAUAUUAUUAAACCUCGUGAAAAUUUUAGUAUGUAGAACUGCGAACUCCACAUUAAACACAUUCAAUAUAACGUAACGCGUUAUGUAACGUAAAGUGAUUUGCGAGCAUCAAUCAGAGAACGAAAUGUCAAAACUCGGACCCACUGGAGGAAAAUUUUCGAUAUGUUAGGUAAACUCAAUCUCUAUCCCGGUGCAUUUUAACAGUCUUUCCGUUUGCUACAAGUCGAUAUAACGUAUUUGCUAUGAGGAUAUGCAAUCUAUACUUAACUGUAACGACAUUUAUCAUUAAUAUUAAUGAAAGAAACCCCGAUCUUCAACUGUUCUAGGUACAUUUAAGAACAAUUUAUUUAUUUGCCUUUGCUAGCGAAUUGUAUAAAGUAGUACGUGUUCUUUUUUUUUCCUUUUUAAUUUAUUUAGAUGUAUGUGAACGUCCAUUUCUCUAGCUUUAUGUAGGUAAGCGAAUUUUCGAGCAUCAACAGAGCACUGUUGAUUACACAAGGAUGAACACCAAUUACGUUGAUUAAUGUAGGGCCAUUGUAGUCUCGUGUUCGCGCUUUGGUUUGCGCGUAUCGAGACACAUGGUACGACUGAGCGCAACUGUUACAUAUACUAUUGUAUAUGAUGAUAGAGAAAACACUUUUUGUUGGCAACUUGUUAAUAGGUCUCCAAGCUUUCAGCUCACAUGGUUUACCUGGCGAUUAGGUAAAUUAAAUAUGAAGUAUAUAACAUAAAAGAGAAAUUAAAUACAAAUUCGAUUUAACUCGAUAAUUUAUCGUAGUUGUAGGCAAAAUCUUUCAAUUGACAAAUCUCAAUCCGACCUCUUCAAAAUUGAACACUAACUCUUUACAUGAUGCAUUCCGUAGAACAAAAGGGAAAAUCAGAUUCAGUUAAUUUUGUCGCCGUUGAAAGCACACUGUAUUUCUCUUAUAUUUCUUUCUAACGUUUAACAUGUAUCGACACAACUUUUAAAUAUAACAGUGUGAGAGAUGUUGCCAUAUAAUAAUUUAGCAAUUUGCGUGCCUCGUCUUAAAGAAUGAAUCAAGUCGCUUUUUUAUCCCUCUUCAGUUUAUUACUUGGCAAAAUUAUGCUUUACGAUUUUUUUUUGUAAUAAUAGCUAGUAUACGCAUAUCAGUUACAACUUUUAAACGUCAUCCUUGAUAUGCAUACGCACAUGUGUAAUAUCAAGAUUUAUAGUAUUUAGUGAUACCUACAGCAACAAAAAGGGCCUAAGUAUUUAGUUAACGAUUGAUGUUGUAGUAUAAAACGGGUAAUAACAAUCCAGACGAAUUAAUUGCCAAGAUAAAUGCGCGAAAUUUUAAAAGUGUAGUUACAAGGCUGCCAUAUACGUAUAAAGGUUAGUGUCAAUAGGUUGAAUUCUAAUGAACUCUUAUCCGCAGAAUUAAAUAAAUAGAGAGGUAAAAUCUGAUCUCUUCAUCCUUGACAAUUAAUUACACUCAUUUGAUAUUUAUGGCAACUGCAUAUGGAGAGAGGAAAAUUCUUGGUUACAAACUAAUGUGAUAAAAUUGGCUAAUAAGCGUGUAAACCGAAUUUGUAUAUAACAUUUUGUUUAUGUCACUUAUUGGCAGUGUACAAUUGUUUAUGAUCUUUUGGAGAAAUGAUUAGCUACAUGCAUGAUACAUAAAUACGUAGCGGUGAUAGAGUAUAUAUUAGUAUUACUUCCCCUAUGUAUACCGUAAAUGUUUGGUUCACGUCAUGCGCGAGUGAAUACGAGUGUGCGUAUCUCAUGGUUUUGUCCACUCCAGCCGAUGUCGAAUAAUUUACUUGAUGUAGAAGUAAACAGAGAUCUAUUAACGCUGUAAAUAAUUUAAUUGUACACAUAAUUGAAUUUACGCGCGUGUAUCUACUAUGGUAUCGGUAAUCGUAAAUGUACAGUUCAUCGUAUUGAGCUAGUAAUUCUUAAGUUGGUCGAGAAUCCUUGCGAUGUCACGUUAGGUUCGCACGUAGCGCACAUGCAGUUUCUCUCUUUUUUUCUUUUCGUAGAAUUUUUCACCCUUAUUCAAUUGCGAGUUGACCGACAAGCGAUCGCGCGGUCGCUUUGUCUACUUUCUUUUUAACUCCGUCAGAUUGUUUUCUCAAGGCAGCUAUAUUUUUACACGUAGGCUUUUAACGACAUCUUUACCUUCCGACAUUAAUAUACAACUGAUGUUUAUAUUUUGUACGAUACUUUUGGAAGUUCUGCCAAUAGUCGAAAAGGCCUUUUUAAGAAUAUUGUACGUACACCGGGGCUGUAUCAUAAUUUCUAUAAUCGCGCGCGAAGAUUUUGUUGGACCAUCGGCAGAAUUUCCCCUCUACAUAUUGCAUACGAAGAAAUAUACAUAAGUAAAUACAUAAUUUUAAGUACUGCAUUACCAAAAUACGAGUGAGAUGAAUCCAUUGAAUGUGCAACGAAGAAAUUAGACUCGAUUUAUCGAUUUUAGGUAGGCAAUUAAGCUGCUUCGCGAGUAGGAAAUUGAGUUGCUAAGAAGACGGAGAGAGAUGCGGUAAUAAUUGCUGCAAUUGCUUUCUUCUUACGCUCGACGCGCGACUGUAAACUAAAGUAGGCGGGUAACGUGAUCUGUAUUUUUUUCCCCUAUCGUUUGCUGAAUGUCUUAGGCUUCGAAGGAACAGUCUGUAACGGAAAUGGACUCUAAAAAAGAGCGAUCGCUGUUAACUUAAAAAAAAAUUACAAUCGAAUACGUGUAAUUUAUCGCAUAUACUCGGGACUCUCUCUCUCUUUUUCUAAGGCGAGGCUUAUUUGCAGACACUCGAGGAUCAAUCGUACAAUAUUUAUUGCAUUGUGUAUAUAUACGUAUGUGUUGUUAAUCUAGUCUAACAAUACGGAACGAACUGCGUUGUCAAUAUUUAAACGUACACUUCAGCGUUCGAAGUUCCAGAAGAGAGAAAAGAAAAAUAGGUUUUUCCACUGGCGGAAAACGGGCUCGCGUCGGAAUUGUUUGGCCCUCUCUCCCGUUGCGCAUGGGCUUCCCUCUACCUUUCGGCCGGGCGUGAAUUUUGCGCGCGGCACGAAACUCGGAAAUGAAAUCGAAUCAAAUAACUCUCGCCGAAACAAGUGGAUUUAACGUUCUUCUGCGUGUUACCGUCGAGGUGGAAGGCGACCGAACCGUCGCGGGGAAACGGAGGCACGGGUGGCACACCGAGGACGAUCGAUUCUGCCGACUCGUCGCGGCUACGUCCCGCGUCGGUCUGGACCCGCGUCUUCACCCGUAGCGAAUAAUUGCCGAUAAGUAAUAAACCGAAGCAAGUAAUAAUCGCUAUCGAUGUGUUUUACCAAGUCCUCUUCAUCGAAAGAUUACAUGUAUGUAACUUCGCACUCGCGUAGAUCUCACGGUAAAUAUUUAGGAAAGUAUCACGCAUAAAUAGGGGUACGUAUCCCGUUCGUACGUCUCGACGCUUCUCGACGUUGAUUUACGUUUCGAUAUUUAUUGCAAGCAACGCGACGAAGGUGACAUAUCCGUAAAACGCUACUUAUAGGACGAUGUAUUAGAGGUGGCAGAUGAGCGGGUAGGAUGUUGUGUAUUAAGAUGCUAUCUGAGAUAAUACAACUUUAACGGUCCAGAAAUUGAUUUGCUUACGCCACGUAAUCGCAAGCACGAUAACGAUUGUAAUAUGAAGUUUUCCCUAAUAUGCGCAUGUAAGAAUGUUUCAGAAAUAGGUGGUCAAAUUUUGGGAACAUACUCUCCUUUCUGUCAGGAUGCAAAAGAAUUGCGUGAAUUAAGGUGCGCUUCCUUUCCGAGUCACGAACAUCUUUUGCUCGCGACAAAAUUUCUUAAUAAUAAUUUUACUGGCCGGUGGAUUCCCCAAAUUAUUGGGGACCAAUAACGUUAUCUGCACGUUCUCUCGAUUUAAAUCCUUUGGGGUUUUAAAUAAAUAAUAGUCGACACAACUGACUAUAAUUUCUUUUAAUUAUAGCCAGUUGUGUCGAGUAAUAUUAGGUAUUUAUUUUUUCAAUUACUAGCGAAGAAGAUAAUUAUUACUCACGAUUUAGGUCAUUUUAAGGCUCGUCUGUGACAUUCUUGUUGCUAGCGUGGAAAUUCCCCCGAAAUAUUUUAUCGCUUGUGAAACUUUUUGAACGUUUUAGACGCUUCAGCCCGUGAGACGCCGCUGCGAGGCGCGAAGAGAGUCUGUUUUAGUAAUUUCUUUAACCAAGUUCUUGUUCAUUUCUGCUGUAUACAAGAAGUAUUUUUAAUUUGAAGAGGAAGCGUUUCCGGAUCCAGUUUCAGGAUUUUUUCCCCAUUCUUACUGUGAAUAGAAUAAGAAUUUUAUUUAAAAUUUAGCGACCUAUUUCCGAAAUAUCCUGUAUAUGUAUAGACACAUAUACACACAUACAGAGACACACGUAGAGUGCAGAGAAGACGAAUCACGUGCAUUUUAAAGAGCCCGAGAUUGUUAAUUUGAGAGCUUGUUUUAGCUAAAAGUAUGUGAAACUAAUUGCGAUUCGAAGGAGAUGGUUCAAGGUGUAACAAUGUGGAGGAUUCGGAUCUGAGUGUCUAGCAUCCGUGGAACAAUAGUCAAUAAAGAAAUUAGCAAUUUUGUCUAAACGUCUAAAGAGAGAAACGAAGGGGAAAGUAUUAUAUCGACGUUUCGAACGCUCGUGUUCGAAUAUAAGCAAUAUCUCGCUGCAUUUAACGGGAAAGUCCUCCGGGCUCAGUGCCACACAGCUACUUCGCACAAUCGCCAGGCGACGACCUCUGGAAUUUAUUAAAAUGCACAAUCGUACACCGCGACGAAAAGGGAUCCAAUACGCGGCGCCGAUUCCCUCGAUCGCUUCCCGUCGAAUCUUCGUGUAAAACUCGCGCGUACAAUUCAAUAUUCGUAUAUCCGUCAGAAGCGUGCAGGGCGUACUCCUUAGACUGUUUAAACGUCGAGAGGAAGGCGGGUGCGCGUUGAGGCAUCCCAAUUCAAUAUUUUACGGAAUAUACGUGUCUCGUGUGCCGCAACGGGGUGAUUAUUAAGGGGGGAAAAAAAGGCGGAAGCGGACAAUUGACCCAAGCAUAUCAUUUAUAAGUACGUGAUAUUACUAAGUGUCUCCGCGACGUGUCCCACUUGACUACACUACGCAACGAUAGCCGUGGCAGGUUUUAAUCGAGACACACACACACACAUACACACAUACAUGCAUACACAGAAGAAAGAUCGUGCUCACACGCGUUUCUCAUCGUAUACAAUUUAUUCCGUAGCCUAUCGUCAUAUUUUUCUAUCUGUAUUUUUAGUACAGGUCAUACUACCGGCGACGUCACGAUACGGCGGAUGCAAAUUUGUAUCGGGCGAUCUUUCCAUGUCGAUGCGAUUCAUGUCCAAUCGUCCCUCUGCGAGAUAUCCCUCGCGCGGAUAUAUUUUCCCUCCCUCCUUUGUAUUACGGAUUACACACUGACGAUUUGUAUGCGUAAAAAGUUUUUCGGUCAAAUGUUAUUGCUUUCUUUGUAAUGAAUGUACGAAGAAGUGAAAUAAAAAUGUGUUAGUCGAUGGUA